GUUUUAGGUGGCCAUCAAGAAAAUUAGUCUCCUGCAGGAGAGCAGCAGCGAACUGUGCCUGAAUGAAAUCCAGGUCAUGCGUGGCAGUAAGAAUGCCAACCUUGUGAACUUUGUAGAUAGCUACCUGGUGGACGAGGAACUCUGGCUGGUGAUGGAAUACAUGGACGGAGGUUCUUUACACGAUGUCAUCAGGGAGACUCGCAUGGCAGAAGGAGAGAUAGCAGCUGUCUCUCGGGAGUGCCUGCAAGGCCUGGAUUUCCUGCACUCCAAUCAAGUGAUCCACCGAGAUAUCAAAAGCCACAACAUUCUCCUGGGCUUGGAUGGAUCAGUCAAGUUGGCUGAUUUUGGCCUUGCUGCUCAGCUUACUGCUGAGCAGAGCAAACGGAGAUCAGCUGUUGGAACGACUUACUGGAUGGCGCCAGAAAUUUUCACCAGGAAGCCCUACGGCCCCAAAGUGGACAUCUGGUCCUUUGGCAUCGUGGGGAUCGAGAUGGUGGAAGGAGCGCCUCCGUACCUGAUGAAAACCUCCCGCACGGUUCAACAGCUGAUAAGCACCGGGGCCCCCCCGAAGCUGCAGAAGCCCAGGCAACAGUCGGCGUGGCUGCGAGACUUUCUGCACUGCUGCCUGGAGAGGGACGAGGACAGGCGCUGGUCUGCCCAGGAACUUCUGCAGCAUCCAUUUGUAACAUCAGCCAAGCCAGCCUACACCCUGACGCCUCUGAUCAUGGCCACGCAGCAGUUCAUGGCCGACAGAAGAUUCUACCCCUGGAGGAGGCCUUUGUUGCUGUUUGUAGUUGUAGUUUGUAGUUUGUAG